GUGUGGACAGAUAAAAGCGAAAUAUCUUCCCCUAUGAUUGCCAGAUGGGUGUAACAAAGCAAUACCUACGUUAUGUACCCGGACCAGUGCUGGGACUUAUUGGCGGACAGAAAUCUAAUGUCGUUUUCUUGGACAUCAAAGGCGUGAAGGGGAAGUACUGUGCAGUCGGAGCUUGUGAAAAUGUUUUGGUUUGGGAUCUCAGAACUGGAGAAAAGUAUAUAGAACUACAAGGAGAUAAGAGUGAAGUGACACAGAUUGCCAGGUCACCAGACAAGAGGCAUGUUGCUGUUGGAUACAGUGAUGGUAUGGUGAAGGUCUUUGACCUUCAUGCAGGAGAGGUCAAGGUCAACUUCAGUGGCCACAAAUCUGCUGUCACAGCAUUAAAUUAUGACCAUCAAGGACUUCGACUUGUUUCUGGUGCAAAGGACACUGAUGUGAUUGUAUGGGACAUAGUUAAUGAGUCCGGUCUAUUCAGACUGAAAGGUCACAAAGGGCAAAUUACUCAGGUCCAGUUCUUAAAGGAAAAAAAUGUCAUAGUAUCAAGUUCCAAAGACACCUUUAUCAAGUUCUGGGAUUUGGACACACAGCACUGUUUCAAGACACUAGUGGGACAUAGAAGUGAGGUGUAUGACUUUGUGAUUGUAAGGAAUGGCCAGCGUUUGAUCACAGGUUCAGCAGACAGUGAAUUAAGAGUCUGGGAUAUUGAAUACCUAGACAGUCUGACUGCAGAAGAAGAGGACGAGCCGGCAUUGAAGCGAAUGAAGAUUGAGGAGGAGGAGGACAAGUUAAAGGAGGAAGGAGAGGAAGAGGACCUGCACAUACUGAAGUGUACAAAGAUUGGCUCUGUGAUGAGGCAGGGGAGGGAGCGCCUGGUGUCCAUGACGACAGACCCCACAGGUUCUGUUCUCUCCUGUCAUGGAAACAAUAAAUUCCUGGAAGUGUUCAAGUUGCCUUCACAAGCGGAUCUCAAAAAGCACCUGGCUAAAAGACAGAAAAAGCUCCGAAAGAAAGCAAGAGAUGCAGGGACAGAGGAAGUGAUGGAGGCAGUACUAACUGUCAAAGACGAAAUUGUGCAAUAUGGCUUCCACAAAAUGGCAGCCAAUAUUGUAUCAGUAGAUGUUGUUUUGGAGAAUCCUACCCAGUGUAAGGUCCUAGUUCUGCUGAAUAACAAUAUGUUACAACACUGCAGCCUGGGGCUGGACCAAAAGCAAUGUGACCCCCAGGGGAUGACCAAGCUAGCCCUGCCAGGACACCGGUCUGAUGUGAGGACUCUCUGUUUCAGUUCAGACAAUACAGCCAUAUUGUCAGCUAGUGCUGAAACAGUCAAGAUCUGGAACAGAGCUUCAUCUCAGUGUAUUAGAACUAUGACUUGUGACUAUGCCUUGUGUUCAGUAUUUGCCCCUGGGGAUCGACACAUCAUCAUUGGGACCAAGAGUGGUAAGUUACAGAUAUUUGAUGUUGGAAGUGGGGGGCUCUUAGAGGAGAAGGAGGCCCAUACAGGGGCAGUGUGGUCACUUUGUAUGUCUCCAGAUAGGAGAGGCAUAGCCACAGGAAGUGCUGACAAGAGUGUUAACUUUUGGAACUUUGAGUUGAUUACGGAUGAAAAAUUUUCCCUCACAAGUAAGAGACUUACACUUGAGUUGGAGAAAACAUUGAAGAUGGAUGAAGAUGUUCUGUGUGUCAAAUACAGUCCAGAUCAUCGCCUGAUAGCCGUCUCUUUGUUGGACAACACUAUAAAAGUCUUCUUUGCUGACACUCUGAAGUUUUUCCUGUCACUGUAUGGACACAAACUUCCUGUUACCUGUAUGGACAUUUCACACGACAGUACACUGCUGGUCUCAGGGUCUGCUGAUCGUAACAUCAAAAUCUGGGGGCUUGAUUUUGGAGACUGCCACAAAUCUCUAUUUGCUCAUGAUGAUAGUGUUAUGUGUGCCCAGUUUAUAUCUAAAACUCAUCUCAUCUUUACUGGUGGAAAGGAUGGGAAAAUCAAACAAUGGGAUGCAGACAACUUUGAACAUAUUGUAACUCUUCAGGGUCACCAUGCUGAGGUGUGGAGUAUGACGGUCAGUUCCUCGGGGAAUUUCCUCGUCACGGCAUCACAUGACAAAUCAAUCAGACUAUGGGAGAAAACACGGGAGAUCGUGGUACUGGAGGAAGAGAGAGAGAUGGAAAGGGAGAAAGAGGAUGAAGAGGCUAUAGGGGGAGAAACGGUCAUCCCAGGAGAAACCAACACAGAAGUUACACUGGCUGGGAAGAAAACCAUAGAAACAGUCAAAGGGGCUGAGAGAAUAAUUGAAGCUUUGGACCUUUAUAAAGAGGAAUCAGCCAAACUGAAAGACCAUAAAGAGCAGUGUAAAAGGAAAGGAAAACAGUUACCUCCUCCUCAACUGAAUCCACUGUUAAUCGCUUACAAGUGUGACACACCAGAGAGGUAUAUGUUGGAGAUGCUGCGCAAAAUUAAAUCAAGUGAACUGGAGGAAUCUCUUCUAGUCCUACCUUUCUCCUAUGUUGUGGACUUACUGAAGGUCCUGGAGGUGUUUAUCGACUCUGGAUGGGAAGUAGAACUCUCCUGUCGCUGUUUGUUCUUCCUUCUGCGAGUUCAUCAUGGCCAGAUCACCUCCAAUCUUGUUCUUCUUCCUGUUAUUGAUAGACUCAGACAGAAGACUCGAGAUCGAGUGAGUGAGCUGAGGGACACCAUUGGGUUCAAUAAAGCAGGAUGUGAAUUCAUUCAGAGACAAAUUGAAAUGUCACAAGACACCAUCUUCUUCAGUGAUGCCAUAGGAAAAUUCAAAGAGAAGAAGAAAAAGAAAAGAGCCAUUUUAGCUGUGAAAGUGUAAUGCCAUAUAAAAUAUAUGUAUAUAUUAAAGUAACUUUAUAUGCUAGA